AUGGCCAGUGACGAAAAGAUUCUCGACGAGUUGCACUUCCUUUCCUGGAAAAUCGACACGUUAGAGAGGAAGCUUGAAUCAAGUAUGUCUAUACAAAGAGACUUAGCGGCAAGCUUACUACAGGAAGACAGCUCAUUCGUCGGUUCAGUGUCAGCGUCUAAGAAAUUUGAGCGGAGAAAUUUGUCCGGUUCAAGUUGUUCCGAAGCGGUGUCCAGCGACGAUGAACAUAACAGUUCUCACCUAGAUGGUACAUACUGUGCGGUUUCAGAAAAUGAACCCGAACGCAGCACUUCGUAUCUUAUUAUACCCGUCGGCAGCUACAAAGACAAUGACUCUUGUUCAAUUUCAACGGAAAAACAAACUUUCAGAUGGUCAGAAAUGGAUGACAAUGCUAGUAAAUAUACCACCUCUGACGAUGCGCUGAACAGUGACAAAGACGGCGCCUCAAAGGAAAAGCUAGAUGUAAAUGCGAAGGAUUUGAAUGUUUGUGAUACCCCAAAAUCGUUUGCAAAUCAGGUAACAACGCCAUCUAGUCAAAGCAGAUUUGAUACAAGCGAAAAACAAAUGUGUACUCAGUGGAAUGUACGUGUUUCAGAGAUAAUUCCUUCAGGAAAUUGUUUACUUAGCUCAAGAGGAUCACAUUGCAUUGCCGACGAUCAAUUUGAAGACAAAAGUAAUGUAGGGGGCGUUUUUGACACUGACCACGAUGAGGAGGAAAACUUAGCCUUAUCAAAUGGCAACUUCAGUACACGGAAUUCAAGCUGUAAAUAUGGCCUUACGAUUGGCAUAGCAACGGCCCAAGGGUUACCUCAAGGUGUUAGCUCUAAUCAUAGGGACUCAAAACAAAAUGUUGACGAGCAGAAUACUCUACAAUUUCACAAUUCAGCGAAAUUUAAGAGCAAUUUUUCAGCUGACGAAAUCGAGGAGAAGAGGGCUGAAGUGGAGCUAUUGAGGCCUUUGUUCAAAGAAUCAACAACUCAAUCAAGUUAUUCUUUCAAUGAGAUAACAUUUGAUCAGAUUUACAAUCACCCUUCAGAGUCAACUGACUGUUACAAAGCGAAUUACAAACAAAGCUCAAUUGAUUUUACAACUGAAAUCGAUGCUCGCAACUCGGAAAAGGAAAGUAAACCUUCUUAUAACGUGAUUUACGUUGAUCCAGAGUCAUCUGAGGUUGACCAUAAAAAUUGCGAUUUUGUUGACGUUGUAGGACGAGCUUCUUUGUUUUCUCAAAACAAUCUUGACACAUCAAAUGCAAAUUGCGUCGAAGAAUUUGGACAGUCAUCAUCGGAGAACGUUGAUCCGGACAGGAAGCAAGCAAUGGCAGUUUAUUCUCUGCCUGUGAAGAACAAAAAGUUCGAAAUGGAUGUUUAUUUACCUCGACAAGUGGAGCCAUUUCCGUUCGGAAACCGCCGACUUCAACAGAACAAAUUUAAUUGCGACGCUACUGCGAGUAAUGAGUUGAUUGAAAUGCAAAUAGGUGGCCCUCAAGAUGAACAAAGACACGAGCAUUCUUAUUGUGCUCGAAAACGAUUUGACGCCGAGACUCAUUCAACAAACAAUGGAACCGAUAAACAAAACGAAAGCACAAGAAGUAAUACACACAUCCAAGACAUUCCGAGAAAUGUCAACAACUACGGCGACACUUCAAGGGAGGCGCUGAAUCGAGUAAAUAGAACAAAGCCCUUACAGCAAGAGGUUGAUGGCCAUAUUUCACAGUUUGAUGAUCAAGCUUAUUGCAUUGUCGGAUAUAGCAAUGAUUACAAUUCAAUUAACACUGAUAACAUUAAUAGGACCGCUGAGCACGAAGCAAAGACUAACAUGUACCCAUUACCCCCUAGUUAUGAACAAGUUGUUAAAGAACGUGUUCGUAAUCUAGCGCCAGGACCACGCGCGCAUUUAGGACACAUGUUUCCCCAGAACCACUUCGAGACAGACGGAAAGUCAUAUGUUGAUGGAACACAAUCAAAAGAUCGUUUUGAUACAGAAAGCAGAUUUUCUGAGCCGCUAAUGUCAGUUUUAAGUGACGACGUGUUUUUUGACUCAGCACUAAAUCCAAUUUUGGUUAACCAAACGUCAUCCAAAAACCACACCGCAAUCAACGAUGUGUCAGAAUCAGACAGCUGUUUCUCUUCUAUUACAAGUGUCAGUUCCACCAACGAAGGAGUCUACCCCUGGAAAAUCCGCAAUAACUCGGCCUCUCGUGAACGUGAAUAUGAUAAAAUGAAAAUAAUUGCUCGAAAGCCUCAACAUUCUUUGAGCACCAUAAAACAGUUAUCUUCCACCAGAUCAUACCAAAGAGAUAGUGACUCUUCAUCAGACAGUGAGCCCUGUGUGCGCGGUUUCAGGCUCUCUCCGUUACCACGCUCUGUUCGUGCUCCAUCUCUCCAUGAACAACUCGUACAGGAUAUUUCUCCAUCAAAAGAAUUCACACUUGGCCAAGUUAGAGUUUCAUCACCAACCUCAAGUUUGGACACAAGCGAGCUCUCUAUGAAUGACAGUGUCUGUGGAUGUUUGUAUCAGUGCGAGUGUCAAACAGGAAUACCUUCGGCUGAAGACUUCAGGGAGGAAUUGAAAGCUAUUUCUAUUUGUGUCUUGAAGGCGCGCAGAGAGUCUGCAGCUCUGUACAAAAAGCCUCAGGUGAAAUACUUUCUAGAUGAAGAGCAAGGAGAGAUGGACAUUUUCCAUGGUCGUCUUCAAAAGAAAGAAAACAGAAACGUGCCAAUGUUGGUGAGAGUUAUCUUAAGGCUUCGAAAACACUUUUUUGGCACAUUGGAAUCAAAAUCUUCCCGCGAUAACGAAACUCGAAGCGAUGCUAAUAACAAUCUAUUCCACCCAGUAGGAAAAAUCGGAGAUCAAACCUCUGAAAGUAAGCAGCGAGACCGAAAAAUCAGCUUUUCCCCUUCAGCCAUGCUCCUUAGCGCGAUUGGUGAGAAUUCAGCCGCCGAAGUGAAAGAAGUCAUCGAAAGGGAGAGAAUAGAUGUCAAUCAGCUGAGUCCAAGUGGUCGCUCGUUAUUGCACAAGGCAGCAGUCGCCGGAGAUCUUGAAAGCAUUCAUACACUCAUCCAGUAUGGCGCCAUGGUGAAUAUCUUAGACCAAGAUGGCUUUCCACCCAUUCAUUCGGCACUCAAAAAAGCUCAUUUCAAAUGUGCCAUUCUACUUAUUGAAUGCGGCACCGACGUAACACGGUACACAACAGAACGCAUUCGGGAAUUCCUUGAAAUUAAAGAAAUGUCAAAAGGACACAUGCCAGUACUCCUCAAAACAACUUUGUGA